AUGGAUCUAAUGGUCUCGGAUCUCCUAACAGACGAUCUAAAUUGGAACAGAGCAAGGGUUGAAAAAUUCUUACCUGAGCUUUCAACAAAGAUCAUGAGCCUACAUCCGAGUAGAAGCGGAAUGGAAGACAGAUUUAUUUGGCAACCCCUACCAACAGGAACCAACUCAACACGAUCGGGUUAUUUCUCUGCAUCCAAAAAGGUCAAAGAGCAAUCAACGAACACAGAUGACAACUUUAAUUGGAUCAGAGAGGUGUGGAGACACAAAUGCUCACUGAAACUGAGACUCUUCCUCUGGUCCAUCAUCAACAAUGCGCUGCCCUUGGGGGAAAACCUCCAGAAGAGAGGAAUCUUAUCAACUACAAACUGCACAAAGUGCAAUGAGCAAGAGACUAAAAUGCAUAUUUUUUUUACCUGCCCUUUUGCAGUGGAAGUGUGGAAGAGCAUACCACUAAGAAAUGCAGUUCACAUAGCUGCAGGUAUGGAUUUCAAAGAGGCACUUUUGCGCUUUAAGGAUGCCGUCUGUCUACCGCCGACUGAGAUCGUGGGCUCCAUUCUUCCUUGGGUGCUCUGGUCUCUUUGGACAUCACGAAACGCCGUUCUCUUCGACUCAAAGGAGAUCACACCUGAGGAAACUGCCACAACAGGUCUACGCUUAGCAUUGGAAUGGAAUCAAGCCCAAGAUAAAAGGAUCAAAAGCAACCCCCUACUUGGAAGAGCUCGAACGAAGAACAACAGAUCGACAACGGCUCCCCUCAGGAAUAACUCGAUCUCAUGCAAGACAGACGCAGCCUGGAACGAGACGAGAAACAAGGCAGGGCUAGCAUGGAACUUUUCAGGUCCCCAAGUCUCCAGAACGAUAAUAGGCUCCUCCACACAAGAGUUCAUCUCAUCCCCUCUAGUUGCAGAAGCGUUAGCAGUGCGAGCAGCCAUGGAAGCGGCAAAGGAGCUAGGCUUCAUCAACCUCAACGUCUUCUCAGACAGUACAACGCUCAUCAGAGCAAUCAACGGCAGGAUCCAGAGGAAAGAGUUGAUUGGAAUCAUCAGCGAUAUACAAUCAAUCUCAUCUGGAUUCACCUCUCUAUCUUUCUCUCAUAUCCCUAGAUUGGAAAAUUCUCUUUCGGACUCUAUCGCCAAAGAGGCUCUUCAUCAUUCUGUAACGAGCUCUGUAGCGGGCUAA